UUUCGGAUGCCCUUGGUGUCCGGGGCUCCAGGAUGUUUCAAAGGUUGUCCUGGAUCUAGUACAGUGCCUAGCAUUGUUGGUACUCGAUAAAUAGUUGUUUGAUGAGUGAUGACACCAAUAAUUCAUAUAUGUUAAGGACACUCUAUGAGCCAAGCCAGGUGGCCUCGGCUAGGUUGGAAUUGGUCUAUCUGCAGAGGAGGGGGCCCUGAGUGGUUCCAGGGAGCCCUGCCUGAUCUGUUUAGCCCAAGCAGCAGGUUCUGUUGUGCGCUGUGGGCUGGCACUGGGGACUUGAGUCUUAGCAUUGGCCUCUGCUUCCCUAAGAGGGGCAGUAAGAAAGUCUCCAUUUUUGCAUCUGGCUAAGCUGGCAGUGUCGUGGCGUGUUCUUCCUGGCUCCUACUGGCCUGGAAGGAGAUGGGUCUCAUGAAGGGUCUAGGAGCUGUGUCCUCCAGCAGUGGCUUGGCUCUGUGGUGGCAGCAGGUAGAGGGGCAAUCACAGUCCCUGUACUGAGUAUUGGGUGGGUUCCUCUGCACCAGCUGGCAUGAGCUUCCCAGAGGAGUGAAAACAUCUCGUGUUCCUGGAACUGGGAUUGCAAGCAGUCCUGAGAAUGAUUCCCUACCUUCAUGGAAUUGGGAACAUGCCAGGAUGUGGUGCAACUUGGCCAUGUAAUCACAAAGAAAUGUGUCAUUCCCCCACCCCACCCCUGGCCCUUUGUGACUAGGUUUGGUGUGCAUGUGAAGCUUCUAAGUGGUCUGAAUCCUGAAAUUAGCAAAGUGUAUAGGCAGCACCCAGGAUUGUGGCCCCAGAUGAGCGAGAGAGUGAUCUGGGCUUGGCCACCCCCAAUUUCAGGUGGAACACUGCAGCCAAUCCCUUCCCAAUAUCACCUUUCCACCUUAUUUAUGUCUUCUGUGAAUCAAGAGCUCUACGUUAUCUCAUCAAGACCUCAUAUCCCUAUGAAGUUAGCGUUUUGUCACCAUUUUACAGAUUAGGAGACUGAGGUUCAGAAAGGUUAAGUAAUUUUUGGGGGGUCACACAGCUGGUGAGGGACAAAGCCAGGAUUUGAAACUGGACAGUCUGACUCUGGAACCCAUGCUGUUUCCACCAUGCCCAGCUGUCUCUAAGGUCCCUAACUGGUUCUCCAUAGCAACAAGGAAGCAACGCUGAUGCACUUACUGGGUCCUGGGGCCCCUGACUACAGUCCUCUUUUUACUCACACUCUGCCUAGCCUGGGUUACACCAUGGGUCAUGGAAAUCGAAGGCUGGGUGGCACCAGGCUGCUAGAGCCUUCCGUGUGGAUCUGGAGUCAGAAAACGAUGGGGGUUUGGGAGUGACUGCAGGGAGAUGUUGGAGUAAUUCUGGCGAGAGCAGAUUCACUGCUUAUGUGAGAAAUGGGGACAAAGCUACCACUCGUGACUAUACAAGUCGCAGGUUUGGGUUUGGAAGGAAUUGCCAGGUAAACGUCCUCACAUGGAUGACUAUGUUCCUUUCCCUUUCGGCCCUUGCCAGGGGAGACAUCUAUCACACAGGGAAAUCAGCCCUCACCUGAAUAUGAAGGGGCGUGUCACGGCUGUCCUUCCCACCACCCACCACAUGCCCAGGAGAGCUAGACUCCGUGGUGGUGUCUGUUCCUCAGGAGGGAUGGAUGGGGAGAGCUGGGGCAACCAGGGGCUGCGAUAACCACAUGACUCACCGGGUCCCCAGCUUAUGCUUUCUCACACAGGCCCCACAGAGGGACAGUGGUUCUCAUUCCCGAUUUGCUGAUGAGGAAAUGAGGCUCAGAGAGGUGCAGUGGCAGCCCAAGGUCACAAAGCUAAGGAGGAAGUGCAAGCCAUGCUGCCUUCAGGACUCCCUGCAGGCACUUAGGGGCAGCUGUGUUUUCUGCCUGGUUGGUAUUCUAUCUCCCCAGCCCCAAGGCUGAGAGGGGGUUACCCCCGUUGGGGCAGAAUCCUCACAGCUCUGCCCACCCGCAUCUCUACCCCCAGAUCCUCUGGUACAGGUGUUCACGGCAUGGGGAAAGCUGGCAACCUUAAACAAGGAGCAGAAGAUAAGCACUGCCCAGCUGGCCCUGCCCACCUUCCACAGCGAGCCCACCUGGGUGAGUGCCGGAGCGUGCGCAGUGCUGACCUGCAAAGAUACGGGGCCUUCUCCCCGCUUCACUGUGGUGUGGACUCGCUGUCCAGGAUGGCAGUUGGGAGACUGGGUGUGGGGAGAAGCUGCCCCAUCCGAGGGGCGGGGGCUAUUAAUCUUUGUACCCCUGGCUCUGUCCUAGUGCGUGACACACGGAGGUACUUAGGAACAUUGUCAGAUGAUGGGUGAACACCAGGGAGGGGCUGUGAGUGCCUCUGCUGGGAAGUGGUAAAGCGGGGAGCCAAGGGAAUCUGCCGUGAGGAAACACUCAGAGAGGCCUCUGCCCUUUAUGAAGUCACGCAGGAGGAAAGGAAAACAGCUCUCCUUUUCAUUCCUUAAACAGAAAUGCUUGUCCCCUUUGCUUAAACAGGUGGAAGAACACCGCUUGUCCUGCCCUGAGCAUGUAGAUUCCACGUCUGGGUGUGGGGUGGCCUCUGGCAGGCUGGACAGUUUGUUCUGUGCUUGAAGGUCUCAGCCUACGUCUUCAUCAACCUAAAUCAGGCUGGUUCUCCUGCACAUCCCCCCCUCUGCAAACUUGGAAGGAGGGGCAUGCAGGCCACGGGAGCCCCUGACCACCAGUAACUUAAGGUCUCUAGCAGCCCAUCACUCCCUCUCUAUGCCUCUACCCUCCCCCCAUGCCUCCCCUUACCCCCCUGCCCCACAGAGAUGGCUGUGUGCUGGGUUGUUUUAGACUCUGGGAAAUUUAUCACUGGGAUUCCAGAGGGCUCUCUGAAAAGGAUUUGGAGGAAAAGCGUGUAAAAUAAAUAAGCCAAUUCCCAGCUCAGCCUCUCCUGAAUGCCACAAGUAAACAGCUAGCCUGGGAAACUCUGUUUUGGCCUCUGUGCUCACACCUGGCUCACCGGCUGCCUUACCCGCUCCCUCCUUCCUGCAUCCGCCCCAUCCAGCCCCUCCUCCUUGACUCAGGGAGCCUCAAAAGUCGGGGAACACACCCAACGCCACACACCCAACGCAGGCUGUCCGGGACACUGGGAAGCUGGCAUACUGGUGGCUGGGGACAAGAGGAGAAUGUGGGAGAAGAGACAGCUAGGGGUUGCAGCACAGCCUUGCUCCAUCUGAGGAAGUCUCCCUGCCUCGGCCCUGCUCGAGACAAGGGUGUCCUGACCGCUCAUCUCUCCACAGGACCAGGUGUCCCCCACCUGAACAACGAGCCAGGUCCUGAGUGAUGUCCCCAAGCUGAGUGCCCAUGGCCCUACCCUUCCCCAUGGAGAAAGGACUCACUCUGCCCCAGGACUGCCGACACUUUCUGCACAGCCUGAGAAUGAGGAGCAAAUAUGCCCUUUUCCUUGCUUUUGUGGUGGUGGUUUUUGUCUUCAUUGAAAAGGAAAAUAAAAUCAUAUCAAGGGUCUCGGACAAACUGAAGCAGAUCCCCCAAUCCCCGGCAGAUGCCAAUAGCACCGACCCAGCCCUAGUCUUGGCCGAGAACGCAUCCCUCCUGUCCCUGAGUGAGCUGGAUUCGGCCUUCACGCAGCUGCAGAGCCGCCUGCGAAACCUCAGUCUGCAGCUAGGCGUGGCGCCGGCAGAGGAGGCUGAGGAGGAGACCACAGAGUGGGAGCAGGAGUCCCGCCCACCCGCCGAGGCCCCGCCCCGGCGCCACUUGCUCCUCAUGGCCACCACGCGCACGGGCUCCUCGUUUGUGGGCGAGUUCUUCAAUCAGCAGGGCAACAUCUUCUACCUCUUCGAGCCGCUGUGGCACAUCGAGCGCACGGUGUCUUUCGAGCAGGGCGGCGCCAACGCCGCAGGCUCGGCCCUGGUAUACCGCGACGUGCUCAAGCAGCUUUUCCUGUGCGACCUGUACCUCCUGGAGCAUUUCAUCAUCCCGGCACCCGAGGACCACCUGACCCAGUUCGUGUUCCGCCGGGGCUCCAGCCGCUCCCUCUGCGAGGACCCCGUCUGCACGCCCCUCGUCAAGAAGGUAUUCGAGAAGUACCCCUGCAAGAACCGCCGCUGCGGCCUCCUCAACAUGACGCUGGCCUCCGAGGCCUGCCGCCGCAAGGAGCACAUGGCAAUCAAGGCCGUCCGCAUACGGCAGCUGGAGUUCCUGCAGCCGCUGGCCGAGGACCCCCGUCUGGACCUCCGCGUCAUCCAGCUCGUGCGCGACCCCCGCGCUGUGCUAGCCUCCCGCAUGGUGGCCUUCGCCGACAAGUACGAGACCUGGAAGAACUGGCUGGCCAAGGGACAGGACCAGCUGAGGGAGGAGGAGGUGCUGCGGCUGAAGGGCAACUGUGAGAGCAUCCGCCUGUCCGCUGAGCUGGGCCUGAGGCAGCCGGCCUGGCUGCGGGGCCGUUACAUGCUGGUGCGCUACGAGGACGUGGCCCUCAGGCCGCUGCAGAAGGCCCAGGAGAUGUACCGCUUUGCAGGCAUUCCCCUGACCCCGCAGGUGGAGGACUGGAUCCAGAAGAACACCCAGGCGGCGCACGACGGCAUCUACUCCACGCAGAAGAACUCCUCGGAGCAGUUUGAGAAGUGGCGCUUCAGCAUGCCCUUCAAGCUAGCGCAGGUGGUACAGGCUGCCUGCGGCCCCGCCAUGCGCCUCUUUGGCUACAAGCCUGUGCAGGACGCCGCCUCGCUCUCCAACCGCUCCGUCAGCCUGCUGGAGGAGCGCGGCACCUUCUGGGUCACGUAGGGGACCCGGGGCGUCGAGCACCCCUCCUGGUGAAAGCCCCGCCUUGCCUGCCUCACCCAGGCCAGCUGGGAGACUGCCGCGCCGCCGCGGGGGUGGGCAGGAAGACGUGCAGGGCGUAGGUGGCGCCUGCGCUGUAGAAGUAGGCCCUCAGCCCGCUCGCUUCCCGCCCUAGCUGUGGGCCUGGAGCUUCCCGCUGAGAACAGGACAGUGGCCAGUCCUUUUGAGGGCUGCAAACCCAGACCUAAGGGGCUGUGGUGUCCUGAGCAGGCCCAGGCAGGCCCGAGCCUAUUGACAAGCCUUUCUCGCCUCUCUCUCCCUCUCUCUCUCUGUGUCUCUCUGUCUCUGUUUCUCUCUCUCUCUCUCUCUCUCUCUCUCUCUCUCUCUCUCUCUCACACACACACACACACACACACACACACACACACACACACACACACACACACACACACACACACAGAAAUAUACAUGAAACACACAUAGGUGCCUGUAGACCCUGUGGGUCAGAGUCCACAAAUAUUUAACAACCAGAAGGGGUUUCAGACACUAACUAGUCACAGUCAGACCCCCUGCUGUACUCAGUGUCAACCUUUCAGUUUCCGAAUUUCUCCAUAAUCCAGUGUGGCAUCUGGGUGGGUCCCUGGGGAGAGGUGAAAUCAGCUCUAUAUAGAGCUACAAAACAAACAUACACAUAUAAAGACAAAUACCUACACUCACACCACACAGAGAGGCAGAAGAACAUAAAAACACAAACACACACACAGAAAAAACCUUCCCCGUUGCCUUAUGCUUUAUCUGUAUCACACACCUAAAGAAAAGCCUCUGCUUACCUUUUAGAGUUAUUCGGGGAGGGGGGAAUGAUAUACGGUCAUGGGCCAUGACCCUGUUCCCCAUCCAAGCUCGAGGCUGAACGGUGGAUACAGAACUGCCAAGUCCACGGCCUCUGCCCACCUUAGAUUCUCGGGCUACCUCCCCUGACCCAUUCGUGUCCUUGCUGCUAGCAGGCAGCACGGUUUGAAAUGGCAUGGCUGACCCUCGUGUGAUUGCAGCCCGAAGACCCUGUCCUAGCUCAAUUGGCUCCCCGAGAGCAGGUCCAUAUUUGAAAGCGGCCUCAAGCCUGACUGGCAGGAGCAUCAGUGGUCCCUGGAGGCAAAAGGCAGCUCAUGAGUCCUUUCCGGCCAGGCCGCUGUGGGGCAAGGCACAGAAGGAAAUACAGAGUGCUCCUAAGGGAGAAGUCACAUCAGGAUACCCCGUCCCCCGAGAAGACAGGGACAGAGGUCAGCCACAUGGUUGGUCGUCAUGGUUAUGUGGUUAGUGUCUGGAAUUCCUUAUUUAGGGCUCUGGGAAGAGUAUUGCUCAAUGUGGGAUGGGGUGCAUGUUUUAUUUUUUUUUAAGUUAUUUAUGGUUUGGUCUCUUGUGGCUGUGUUUUCAGGUUUGUUUCUACAGGAGUGCUGCUUGGAAGCAUUGUGGGCUUGAGGGGCUGAGGGGGGCCAGGAAGACCAGUGGGGAGCACUUUGGCUCCUGCUGGAGGAAGAGGAGGAGGAGCCUUCCCCCAGAAGAACCAGAGCCAAGGUGGCCACAUGGCAGCCCACAGCGCCCCAUGGGCUUUUUUGUUUGAUCCAACGUGGAACAAAUGUCAGAAACCAGUGGCGUUCUUUGCUGAGUGUCCAGAGACAGCAUAAAUUAGCAAUCCUCACCCCCUCCCCAAGAAGAGGCCAGAUUUGAACAUCUCUCCCAGGUCCUAACAUAUUUCCUGGGGCGUCAGGGUCCUAUGACCAAGCAGAUGUCCCCAGAGUGGAAGCAUUUCCCCAUUCCCACCCCAAACUAGGGAGCAGCACUCAGUACCACCUCAGAACUUGCAGGAAGCAUCAGCAGUUCACUAAGGGCUAUUUCUGAUUUCCUGGACAACCUCUGUAUUAGAUCCGUCUCAUUGUCAAGCCCAGAGGGCUGAGUUUUGUUUUGAGUAUUAUGGGGAGCAGGGAAAUACAGGAUCUGGGUCCAGCUAGUGUUGCCAUAGGGAAGGGGGGGGGUGUCCUGGCAGGAAGCCAGGCUUUGAAAAGGUGAGGACAGUGGCCAUCUUGUGGGAUCCAUUACAGUCAGUGCGUUUGAGCUGCUGGGUCUCCAUCACCAUGGAUUCAGCCAAUCGAGGAAGUCUCUAGGUUUUCUGUUCCAAGAAUAAAUUGUGCUGGGAAAUGGCUCUAAUUUGGGGUCCAAAGGGACUCCAGCUCUGAAAACUUGAUCCUGGGGCAGAGUGGGGCCAGGAUGAUUCUGGCAGGCCCAGAAGUACUGGCCAUUCUUCCCCAGCCCUUGCCCUGCUCCCUCCACUGUUCCCCACCUGGGGGUGGUGGGAGGCAGGCACCUCUAUCCAAGGCCCUUUCUGGUUCCUGGGGCCCUCCUAGUGUGGACUGAAGACUUCUUCCUUCUUCCCUUACUGUGCCUCUGGGGCCAAGGCCUCCACCCCUGAGCUCUGAGGACUUUGCCGAGAAUGGACCUUUGGGACUUCUCAGGACAUUAUCAAUUUGUACGCUGCAGGUUGACUUAAUUUAUUUAUUUUGUGAAAAAGAAGAGACAGAAAAUAUUUUAUUUUUUGCAGGGACUCAAAGCUGUACCCAAAUCAAAAAAGACGAUAAUAAUAGAAACCGUUCACUUCAUACAUACAAGGACACUCCAAGACGAUUCAGAAUACACGAGAGGACAAAACUGAGCAUGGGAGUCACGAUGGCCGCAGGGUAUUAUUUUAGCUCGGUUUCCUCUUGUUGAUUUGAAGAUAUGACAGUAAGGCCCUUUCUGCUAUAUUACCUUUGUCCAGGUAUCUGAAAUAGGACACACCUCAAGAGAGUGUUGCCUUGGGCUUAGCAAUGCUCUGGGAACCCUUGGGGUUUAGGGAGGAGAGGGAGGGAUGACUACUGACUCUACACUCCAUGGGACCUGGUUGGAGUAACGUGUGAGGGGUUUUCAGCAGGGAGCUGGGCUAGGGGAGGUGGUCCAGCUGGGAGCUAGUGCCUCCUCUUCCAGCGAGGCCAGCCCUGGUUUCUCUGCUCCCUCUGGCCCCCCACGAGCCUUCACCUCCACAGCACCCACCUGCCUGGAGACAGAGGGAGUGUUGAGGCCUCACCUCCGCCCACCGCCAGCUUCCUGGGAACAAGAGGCUCAUUCAGCAAUGAGCGUUUAUUCGUUUUUCUUUUUCUUCAUGAAGACCUCUUUAGCCCAGCCUAUAAAAAUAGUUCAGAACAUUCCAGGCCUUGGUGAGACAGGGCAGUGUGCAACACCCUCAGGCUGUCGCCACUGCUGCCCAUUCCUGGCUUCUCCUCUGGGCCUUGUUUAUAAACCUUGGAGUGGAUGAGGACAUGGGGGGAAGGGUCUUUGGGAGCAGGAUUUUGCGGGGGCAGGAUUCCUGAGUCCCAUGAAGAGGGAAAAAGAAGCAGCAGAUCUCUGUAGCAUGGCCCUUGCAGGUUAUCACCAACUUAUUAUUAAGGUUGAGAGACAUAAGCAAAUUCUAGCCCUCUGUCCCUUUAUGUGAUGCACUCACUUGAAAAUAAGUAACCAAAUGAACAGGGGAAAAAAAUGUUUGCCUGCCAGCACCCUCAGCCUGGGAGCUAUGCCAGAGGCUGGUCUAAUGGGGCAGCUGCUAACCAAACCCUUAAGAGCAGAGGACCCAACCGACCCAUUACAAGAACAUCUUUCCCUUCCACCUCUGCUUUCUGAACAAGCUCCAGGAGGUCCCUGUCCCAGAAGAUGUAUGCUUGGCCUAGAGAGCAGACAGGAGAUGUAAGCAUCAGAUGGUCUGGUCCUGACCCUGAAGGUCUCUUCCAGCCCUGGUUCUGUGUUAAUUGACUAUGAGGCCUAUCCCUUCAGAGGCCCUGGAUUAUGAAGGACAGGGGCAGAAGACUGGAUGGCUGUGUCCCCAAGGCAGUCCUCUCCCACUCCCAUCCCCAAAGGCUGAAAGCAAAGGUGGGUCUCAGAGGGGUGGGUUCCUGAGGCAGGGAGAGUGGGGUGGGGGAACAGAUGCCUGCAGAGGAUGCUCCUUCUUUAAACUUGUGCAGUCUGACGAGCUCCAAGACGUGGAUCUUGUUAGUCUGCACAAAUUUAAAGAAGGAGCGUCCUCUGAGUUCCAAAGUUAAUGAGUUUGCCUGUGAAGAUUCCUAGCACAUGGUCCAGCUAGAAGGUAGGGAGGCGGCCCAGGGUUUCCUGAAUGUAGCCACAUGGCCUUUCAACUGCCCAUGGUUUCAGAAGAGUGGAAGCUGCUCUUUACCUCAAAAGGAUGAAGCAGAGUUGGCAGCUCAGAUGUCUUAAGAACUUCAAGAUCCUAGGGUCUUGUGACCUUUGUCAUUCCAUACUGUGCAUGGGGGACUAGUUAGUUAUGUGUUUCCAAGAUUACAUGGUACCAUCCUCAGGGCCUAGCUCAUACUGUAGACCAGGUAUUUUAUUUGUAUUUAUUUGUCAAAUAAAAUGGCCUAUGUUCCUUGCUUCUUCUGUCAUUGGGCUCGAACUGGUCACCCCCUAAAGUCUCCCUUUCAUCUGUACUUUCUAGGCCAAGUCUGCCUGGCUCCCCUGCUCCCUCCUGGUUCCUGCAAACUCUUUUUGCCAAGAAUUUUGGCCCCCUGUCAUGUUUCAUGGGUGCAUAGUACAGGAUACCCCUUCAUGGCCAUACGUGGCCAUGGUAUGUACAUAUGUGUCCACACGUGUGUAUGUGUAGCAUGUAGCUCAGCCUGCUUGGCCAUGUUGCUCCCAGCCCCCUUGCCGUCAAUGUCCCAGAUGUUCUUGUGGCUACAAUCUCCUGGAAACACAGGGGCUGCCUUCAGACAGCUGGUGGCCACCACCAGUCAGGAUCUUCUCUGCAGAACAGAAUGUGAACCCAUCACCUGAUGGCUUACUUGAUUUAUUUAAUUAAAAAUGAAAACGCGCAAUGAGCAGAA